AUGACAUCGACGGGGAAGGACGGCGGCGGGGCGCAGCACGCGCAGUAUGUGGGGCCCUACCGGCUGGAGAAGACGCUGGGCAAGGGGCAGACAGGCCUGGUGAAGCUGGGGAUCCACUGUGUCACGUGCCAGAAGGUGGCCGUCAAGAUCGUCAACCGGGAGAAGCUCAGCGAGUCUGUACUGAUGAAGGUGGAGCGGGAGAUCGCGAUCCUGAAGCUGAUCGAGCACCCCCACGUCCUUAAGCUGCACGACGUCUAUGAAAACAAAAAAUAUUUAUACCUGGUGCUAGAACACGUGUCUGGUGGAGAGCUUUUUGACUACCUGGUCAAGAAGGGGAGGCUGACCCCCAAAGAGGCCCGGAAGUUCUUCCGCCAGAUCAUCUCUGCGCUGGACUUCUGCCACAGCCACUCCAUAUGCCACAGGGAUCUGAAACCAGAAAACCUUCUGCUGGACGAGAAGAAUAACAUCCGGAUCGCAGACUUCGGCAUGGCGUCGCUGCAGGUUGGCGACAGCCUGCUGGAGACCAGCUGCGGGUCGCCCCACUAUGCCUGUCCAGAGGUGAUCCGGGGGGAGAAAUACGAUGGCCGCAAGGCAGACGUGUGGAGCUGCGGCGUGAUUCUGUUCGCGCUGCUGGUGGGGGCGCUGCCCUUCGACGACGACAACCUGAGGCAGCUGCUGGAGAAGGUGAAGCGCGGCGUCUUCCACAUGCCGCACUUUAUUCCGCCCGACUGCCAGAGCCUGCUGCGCGGCAUGAUCGAGGUGGACGCGGCGCGGCGCCUCACGCUAGAGCACAUUCAGAAACACAUAUGGUAUAUAGGAGGCAAGAACGAGCCGGAGCCGGAGCAGCCCGUCCCCCGCAAGGUGCAGAUCCGCUCGCUGCCCAGCCUGGAGGACAUCGACCCCGACGUGCUGGACAGCAUGCACUCGCUCGGCUGCUUCCGGGACCGCAACAAGCUGCUGCAGGACCUGCUGUCCGAGGAGGAGAACCAGGAGAAGAUGAUCUACUUCCUCCUCCUGGACCGGAAGGAAAGGUACCCGAGCCACGAGGACGAGGACCUGCCGCCCAGGAACGAGAUAGACCCGCCCCGGAAGCGCGUGGACUCUCCAAUGCUCAAUCGGCACGGCAAGCGGCGGCCCGAGCGGAAGUCCAUGGAGGUGCUGAGCGUGACUGACGGCGGCUCCCCCGUGCCCGCGCGGCGGGCCCUGGAGAUGGCCCAGCAUGGCCAGAGUAAAGCAAUGUUCAGUAAAAGCCUGGAUAUCGCUGAAGCCCACCCCCAAUUCAGCAAAGAAGACAGGUCCAGGUCCAUCAGCGGUGCCUCCUCAGGCCUGUCCACCAGCCCGCUCAGCAGCCCCCGGGUGACCCCUCACCCCUCUCCAAGGGGCAGUCCCCUCCCUACCCCCAAGGGGACGCCCGUGCACACGCCCAAGGAGAGCCCGGCCGGCACGCCCAACCCCACGCCGCCGUCCAGCCCCAGCGUGGGAGGGGUGCCCUGGAGGACGCGGCUCAACUCCAUCAAGAACAGCUUCCUGGGGUCACCCCGCUUCCACCGCCGGAAACUGCAAGUUCCGACGCCCGAGGAGAUGUCCAACCUGACCCCGGAGUCGUCCCCAGAGCUCGCCAAGAAGUCCUGGUUCGGGAACUUCAUCAGCCUGGAGAAGGAGGAGCAGAUCUUUGUGGUCAUCAAGGACAAGCCGCUGAGCUCCAUCAAAGCGGACAUCGUCCACGCCUUCCUGUCGAUCCCCAGCCUCAGCCACAGCGUCAUCUCCCAGACGAGCUUCCGGGCCGAGUACAAGGCGACGGGGGGCCCGGCCGUGUUCCAGAAGCCGGUCAAGUUCCAGGUGGACAUCACGUACACGGAGGGCGGGGCCGCGCAGAAGGAGAACGGCAUUUACUCGGUCACGUUCACGCUCUUGUCUGGCCCGAGCCGCCGCUUCAAGAGGGUCGUGGAGACCAUUCAGGCCCAGUUGCUGAGCACACAUGAGCAGCCCUCUGCCCAGCACUUGUCAGACACCACUAACUGUAUGGAAAUGAUGACGGGGAGGCUUUCCAAAUGUGACGAGAAGAACGGGCAGGCGGCCCAGGCCCCCAGCACACCCGCCAAGCGGAGUGCCCACGGCCCACUCGGGGACUCCGCGGCCGCUGGCCCCGGCCCUGGAGGGGACGCCGAGUACCCAGCGGGCAAGGACGCGGCCAGGACGGGGCUGCCCGCCGCCCGCCGGGAGCAGCCUUAGACAGACACAUAGCCCCCUCCCCUCGCGCGGCCCGCCGCCCGCCCCGUGUGGACCGAGGGCCACGCCCGUCUGUCCGUCUAGACUGUCGUGAAGCCGGGGAGGAAAGGAAAGGGGGCCCCGGGGUCUGCAGCCCAGGCCGGGCCGCCCGGGCCCGCUCUCUCUUUCUCUCGCUGUCUCUCUCUCUGCCUGUCUCUGACAACGCCACUGUCUCCACUCUGAUACCAGGAAUUAUCCCGAAAAGUUAACAUGUCACCUCCACGAGGCCGUCCUCCGUGCUCCGCGCCGGACUCUGGCUGACCGAAGGCAGCUGCCGCAGACCCGCCCUCCUCCCGCCGCCCGCCCGCCUGCCCACCCGCGCGGCAGCUCUGCCCAGUUUCAGCUCCGCAUGGCCAUGGGGAGGAGGACCCGGGCCCCCCGACUGGACGCGCGCUGACCAGCGCCCUCGGCCGGUCCAGCCGGCCUCCGGGGCGGGCCCGAGGGGGCGAAGCAGUCGUCUGGCCCGGCCACCUCGGCCUCUUCCCGGCGCGCCCCACCCCUCCCCGCCGCUCCUCGUCCACAUCCAUGCACCUCAGCGCUGCCCACCUGACCCGCCGCGUCCCACCCCAGCUCCCUGGGCGCCGCAGGUGGAAAGAGACCCAGGGCCGAGCGUGCCCGCCCGCCCGGAGGCUGGCCGAGAUCAGUAUUAUUUAUUUGCUGUUUUAACUUAUUGAGUUUCUUCUCUGUUCAGGGAAGGGGCAGCAGCAGCGCCGUCCUGCCGUCUGUCCAUCCGUCUGUCUGUCUGUGUGUGUGCGUCUUGGGCAGGGUGGGGUCUGGGCCGAGGUGCCCCGUGGACAGAGCCGUUGGGGUGCUGGGGGCAGCCGGCCGGUGCAGCGCCGGCAAGCUACUGUAAACUUUAAA